CCGGCCGGGCCGGCUAGCCUGUCAGUCACUGGGGCGGAGGCAGCGGCGGUAGCGGGGCCGGAGCCGGGCGGUGAGAAGAGUGAGGGCCAGGCCCAGCGGAGGGGAUCUGCCACCGCCCCUCAGCAUUACGGACUCUUCGCCCCAGAGUGUCGAUGCUGCACCCCCGCGCUUCGUUGGAACGCCUUCCGUAACCCGCCAAGGGCUCUCUCUCUCCUGUGACCUCCCACCCCAGUGACCUCCUCGUAGGACCCGGGAGCGCACUCCGACGAGGGUGUUGUGGGUACAGGCCAUCGACCCUGUGACCUCUCACGGGCUGGGGCUCGGUUUCCCCCGCAGGCCUCCCUCCCCUAUGACUUCCUCCUCGUAGAUUCUGGAAGCAGAGCCGUGACCUACCCCUGGGACCCCCGCCUGAGAACUCCUCCCUGAGGGCUCCCCCUCGGCACCCCGCUCAGUGGAUCUCCUCCUAAGACCACCCCUUUUGGUUUCUGGCCAGCCCCCCACCCCCAGUCGAGGUGGGGAGGCCUCGGCAGCCAUGCCCACCCUGGGUCCCCUGUCACCACACCGCUCCCUGGGCCCUCAAGCCGGGGUCUAGCCAGAGGGCCGACAGCCAAGGGGCUGGGGCAGGAGUCAGGUCCGGGUCCCCCUCCCUGCUGGGGAGGAGCCGAGAUGGACCGGCGGGAGGAGCAGCCGGGGGCUGCCGGGGCUGCAGCGGCACCAGCCGUGGACUUCACCGUGGAGAACGUGGAGAAGGAUCCAGAGUGGCCAGCACCUGCUCAAUCCUGUGCUGUCCCGCAGGCGCUGCACCAGCUCUACUAUGACCCCAACAUUGAGAACAAGAACCUGGCUCAGAAGUGGCUGAUGCAGGCCCAGGUCUCCCCACAGGCCUGGCACUUCAGCUGGCAGUUACUACAGCCUGACAAGGUGCCUGAGAUCCAGUACUUUGGGGCCAGUGCCCUGCACAUCAAGAUCUCUCGCUACUGGAGUGACAUCCCCACUGACCAGUAUGAAAGUCUAAAGGCGCAGCUCUUCACUCAAAUCACUCGCUUUGCCAGUGGUUCCAAGAUUGUGCUGACUCGGCUGUGUGUGGCGCUGGCCUCGUUAGCUCUCAGCAUGAUGCCUGACGCUUGGCCAUGUGCUGUGGCAGACAUGGUACGACUCUUCCAGGCUGAGGACUCACCGGUGGAUGGCCAGGGUCGCUGCCUGGCUCUGCUGGAGCUGCUGACAGUGCUGCCUGAGGAAUUUCAGACCAGCCGCCUGCCCCAGUAUCGCAAAGGCCUGGUGCGGGCCAGCCUGGCCGUGGAGUGUGGGGCUGUCUUCCCAUUGCUGGAGCAGCUGCUGCAGCAGCCCAGCUCACCCAGCUGUGUGCGUCAGAAGGUACUCAAGUGCUUUUCCAGCUGGGUGCAGCUGGAGGUGCCGUUGCAGGACUGUGAGGCUCUCAUUCAGGCCGCCUUCGCUGCUCUGCAGGACUCGGAGCUCUUCGACAGCAGUGUGGAGGCCAUUGUCAAUGCCAUCUCACAGCCUGAUGCCCAGAGGUAUGUGAACACACUCCUGAAACUCAUCCCACUGGUGCUGGGACUGCAGGAGCAACUGCGACAGGCAGUGCAGAAUGGGGACAUGGAGACCUCCCAUGGCAUCUGUCGCAUUGCUGUGGCCCUUGGCGAGAACCACUCUCGGGCCUUGCUUGACCAAGUGGAGCACUGGCAGAGCUUCCUGGCCCUUGUCAACAUGAUCAUGUUCUGCACGGGUAUCCCUGGCCACUAUCCUGUCAAUGAGACCACCAGCUCCCUGACACUCACCUUCUGGUAUACACUGCAGGAUGACAUUCUGUCCUUUGAGGCAGAGAAGCAGGCUGUGUACCAGCAAGUGUACAGGCCAGUCUACUUCCAGCUGGUGGAUGUGCUUCUGCACAAGGCCCAGUUCCCUUCUGAUGAGGAAUAUGGAUUCUGGUCCUCAGAUGAGAAGGAGCAGUUCCGAAUUUACAGGGUGGACAUCUCAGACACGCUCAUGUAUGUUUAUGAAAUGCUGGGGGCCGAGCUGCUCAGCAACCUCUAUGACAAGCUGGGCCGUCUGCUCACCAGCUCAGAGGAGCCCUACUCCUGGCAGCACACAGAAGCCCUGCUCUAUGGCUUCCAAUCCAUCGCAGAGACCAUUGAUGUCAACUAUUCUGAUGUGGUGCCUGGGCUCAUUGGCCUCAUCCCACGGAUCAGCAUCAGCAACGUGCAGCUGGCGGAUACCGUCAUGUUCACCAUUGGAGCUCUGUCUGAAUGGCUGGCUGACCACCCCGUCAUGAUCAACAGCGUUCUUCCCCUUGUACUGCACGCCCUAGGCAAUCCUGAGCUCUCUGUCUCUUCUGUGUCCACCCUCAAAAAGAUCUGCCGAGAAUGCAAGUAUGACCUGCCACCCUAUGCUGCCAACAUCGUGGCCGUCUCCCAGGAUGUACUGAUGAAACAGAUCCACAAGACAAGUCAGUGCAUGUGGCUGAUGCAGGCAUUGGGCUUCCUGCUGUCAGCCCUGCAGGUGGAGGAGAUCCUUAAGAACCUGCACUCGCUCAUCUCGCCCUAUAUCCAGCAGCUGGAGAAGCUGGCAGAGGAGAUACCUAAUCCCUCCAACAAGCUGGCCAUUGUCCACAUCUUGGGGCUUCUCUCCAACCUCUUCACCACGCUGGAUGUCAGUCAUCAUGAGGAUGAUCAUGAAGGCUCUGAGCUCCGGAAGCUGCCAGUGCCACAGGGACCCAACCCCGUGGUAGUGGUGCUGCAGCAGGUCUUCCAGCUUAUCCAGAAGGUGCUGAGCAAAUGGCUGAAUGAUGCCCAGGUGGUGGAGAUACAAGGAAUCCUCUGGGAAGGCAUUCAGAACUUCCCAGUAUCACAAGAAAUGCUCAACCAAAGGACUGUGAUGUGGCUGAGUGACAGUCAGGGAUCCACUUUCGCAUCAGAGACCUGCCUUUGGUCUCUUUUUAAUUCAGGAUUUUGUUGCUGUUGCUGCUCCCUGAGAGGAAAUAGUGGAGAUGCGGUGUGCGCUAUUUUCGAGAAGUCUGUUAAGACGCUAUUGGAUGACUUUGCCCCCAUGGUGCCACAGCUGUGUGAGAUGCUGGGUCGGAUGUACAGCACCAUCCCCCAGGCCUCUGCUCUUGACCUCACUCGACAGCUGGUCCACAUCUUUGCCCACGAGCCUGCCCACUUUCCCCCAAUCGAGGCCCUCUUCCUGCUCGUCACCUCCGUCACACUCACUCUCUUCCAGCAAGGGCCCAGGGAUCAUCCUGAUAUUGUUGAUUCAUUUAUGCAACUCCUGGCACAGUUGAAUAGAGUUUCUUCAUCUGUUUCCGUGGAAGUUGACAACCCAACAUCCUCCUUUAGUGCCCCUUUGCCUCAGCUAGCUCAGUCUUCUACAGAGACCAGGGAGAGGCUGACCCCGAAGGGAGGCAGUGGGCUGGCCUGGUGGGGGUCGGGAGGGGAGGGGGUGGUCACUGUGCCCAGCAGCUCCUGUGCGGCUGGGGUGCCCAAGCAGUUCAGGGGUAGAACUGAAGUUCAAGGGCCUGGGGUUCAUUGUCCCCGUGCUCCUGCCGGGAACUGCCUGCCUCAGGGCCUCCAGCCUCCUCUUGAGAGGUAGGCUCCGAAGGGAGGGGCUGAGAUGAAUGUGCUUCCGUGGAGCCCAGAGCCCAGAGCCGGGCUGCUGGACAGGUUGUGCUGCUUCUGGGAGGCGGGGUGCUGGCUCCACUGUGAGACUGUGUUAGGUUGUAUGUGUGUAUAAAUGUGUCAGAACUUUGUAUGUUUUGAGUUUGGUUUGGUGAGAACAGAAAUCAUGUAACUGCUGUAAGUAGUGUGUGUAUUAUGUUGGAUUUGUAGUUGACAUGUGGAUAUGUGUGUUGGUGUGUGUUUUAUGUUGAUGUGUGUUAGGCAUUGAUGGAUUUUGAAUGUUGAUAUGUGUUGGAGGCAUGUGCAUGUUGGGCUGUGGGAAUGUGUAUUAUGGAGGAUAGGUAUAUAUAUUGUGGUAUCGGUAGGUCUGUAUUAGGGUAUGUGUGUUUUGGAAAAGAUAUGUGUUGGGCUGUGGGAACGUGAGGUUAGCAUAUGGGAGUUCUGUGUGUUAGGGGGCUUCUGCAGGUUGGGGGGGUCCUGUGGGUAAAGGUAAAUAAUGUGGGGGUUUUAUUAAUUAUUCCACAAAUAUUUAUUGUGUAAUACAUGCUUGAUACUCUGCUAGGUGCUGAGGAUAUAAUGGUGCGCAAAAGCGGCACGGUUCUUACUGUUUUGUAACUUAUAGUUUGUUUGGGGGGCAGGGUAAAAGCGUGGGGAAUAGGGAGUGUUCUGGGCCUGGAUGGAUAGGUGUGUGGGUGUCUGUGAGGGUGUAUCUUUGUGGGUGAGGGUGUUUGAGUGUGUAUUUGUGGAUGGAUGUGUUGAGAGAGUACACGUGCUGGAAGAUUGGUAGAUUGAGGGUGUGGGUGUGGAGCUGGUUUGGGGAUGUGGCGGUUUGAGUGUGUGAAUAUGUAGUGAGGGUGCAUUGCAAAUGUGGGAGAGUGUGUGUGUGUGUAAGGGAAGUGUGUUUGAGGGUGAGUAGGGUGUUUCCAUGAGGGUGCGUGUGAGUGAAUAUGGCAGACUGGAAGGUAUGUGAGGGGCUGGAGAGUUAGGGGACUGUGUGUUAUGCCUUGGGAGGCUGCUGGGGGACAGCAGCAUUUGAUGACUGCUGGAGCUGUGCAGAGCAUCUCCUGUGACCUGGGGAUGUGCCAGUCAUGUCCUGGUACCACUUGGGGCGGGCUCUCUGCCCCCUGUACUCCAUCCAUUUCCCCUCACAUGGCAACACGGCUCCUGGGCUGGGUGUGGCUGUGAUGGCCCUGGACACAGGGUAUCCUGGGUGAAAGGUAGGGCCAUGGCUCCAAGGCUCCUACCCUAUUUUUCCUCUUUCUGAUCUAAAGGGUGUCUGGGGAGUGACAGGACAUGGGAGGAGGCUGUUGGACUGUGUUCCACAUCCAGUUGCCAUUUCUUCUUCCUGCUUCUCUGUUAAUAAAUACAGGGGGCCUAAACUGCCUCUAUGAAUCAAGAGAAAUCCCUGCUGGUACUUGAGCCUGCAGGAAUCUGGCCCUGAUGGAGGGGAGAGGGGAAGGUGUUUGCUCAGGGAGUAACUUGGGACCCAAGCUAUCUGCCUUACGACCCCCAACCUCUCUCCUAUACACUGUGCAUUCAUGUACACAUACAUGUACACAGCAUUCCUUGGCUGCUCCUCUCCUGGCCUCUGGAACUCUGGGAUGGCCUGUGUCCCCAGAGAUGGCUGGGUAGUUGGUUUUGACAGCAUCUACCUGUGGUGUGUAAAGUUGGGCCCUGGGGUGGCAGGUGAGUGGGGGGGUGGUCUUUGCAGCUGGCUGGGGCUGGGCUUACCAGCUC